AUGCUUCUGGGCGUGCGCUCGCGUCGGCGGCGCAGCAGGGGCCUCCGGCGAGGCUCCGGGCAGGCCGGGGCCAGCGCUGGGGCCCCCGCGGUGGCGGGGGCAGUGGGGCCCGCGGCGCGUAGCGGAGCCCCUGGAAAGCUGGACUCGAGCGGAAGCGCAGCGGCAGCUGGACUUGGCCCUGGGGUCCGUAUGGCGGACUUAGUUGCAGCGAAAGUGUACAUGUCUCAGCACUCCGCGCUCUGCGGCGUAGCCAGUGAGAGUCAGCAGCUGUGCGAGGCGCAGCUGCAGCCUCUGUCUUCGACUCUUAACAAACUCCCCCGCGGCCCCAGCCGCCCUCUUGACCCGCUGCCCGAGAGGGGUGGCUGA